AUGGACUCGCUUGCAUUUGCAUCUCUCGCGCUGGUCCGCAUACUACUUUUGCCAGUGGGUGGAAUUUCUGGGCCCACCUUUGAGAAAUAUGCAGCAGAGAUACGCAAUUUCGACAAUAUCAGACUCGGGGAUAUACCUGCAGAAACUAAGGAGGACAGAGCUCGAUUUAUGCCCAACCCGCUAUCCACUGGAUAUCUUCACCUCGCUUUCCCGUCACAUCCUCCUCCUUUCACGCACUCUCCUCUAUCUUUGUUCCGUCCAUCACAUUUUUCUCUAGGCGUCGUUGGAAUAGCUGUAUGUUCCCAAACAGAACCCUUGAACUCAAUCCUUGAAAAGUUCGAGCAUUCAUUAGGAGAAAUAUCUUCCUCAGGUUCAACUUUUCCUCUAGCGAAGAUAUGUUUUGUGUUCGAAGAUAGCGAAGAAACUGCAGGCUCAAACCUUGGGGAGAAUAUUCCAGGCCUUGUUGUCAUUCCAAGUGUUAUGGGAAACAAGAAGUUAUACAUCGGAACAUUGCUUGCUGACUUGUGCUCUCAAAUUUUGGGAGAGUUUAGUCGUAUAGUCAAUACUUUAGAGAGUCCUCUUGGGAACGAGUACUUGAACUCUGCGCUAUUCCCUACACUACCACCUUCUUCAGAGUUCCCGCUGCCAUUAGAGCUCAAUGGUAAUCAUGACGUUUUACCUCAGCUUACGUCGCACUUUAGUCAGCCAGACUUGACCUCUAGAGCGUCCUUGCAACCGAAUUUUCUUGCAAAGCGUAAUUCAUCCAUGGGCCCAGGAAUAAAUACAAUUCCCAGUACCAGCACGAGCCGCCAAUCUACACUCGGGGUCCCUCCUGCGAAGAAACGACAGAGUGCUAUUGGCGCUUCUUCCUCGCAUGGUAGACUUUACAAAGUCCUUGCUGAUUUCUUCUUGUUAUCAGGGAGAACUGAGGACGCCGCCUUGUGGUACACAGAAGCCAUCGUGCUGCUCAAACCAGCUCAGGAUGCCAUCUGGCACGCAUCUGCAUUGGAAGGGAUGGCGACUGUUACCAUUUUGGAUGCUUGGUCGACUGGACAUGGACUUCAAACCUCUUUCAGCACAACAAAAGAAGCUUGGAACGAUACUUACGAAAAAUUAUCACAGGCAAUAUCACUGUAUAACAAGGCCCCUACUCAGUCAGAAAUUGGCCAAAACAAUCCGUUUCUGGCCUAUCUGUAUGUUACAGCUGUUCUUCGACAAGCUUCUCUUCUUUUUUGCAUUUGGUCAGCUAAAGGAUGGGGUCCUCUCGCCUGGACAUCCAUGUUGCAGCCAGCAGCCAGCUCGUUUCUUCAAUCAGUCAUUGCAGAUACCGCCUGGGCUAAAUUGGAGCGACUGAGCACGAUAACAGGCAUAUCUCGCUCGCAGAUUUCCACAGUCCUGGCACAAGCUCAUGGACCCUGGCUACUUCACCUUGGACCUCGCGAACGCUUGAUCACGCUGCAGUCGAUAGCUAGCACAUAUGCGUGCUUAGGUUAUAAGCGCAAGGAAAUUUAUAUCCUUCGAGAAGUUCUAGGUUGUAUCAUGGAUCUUCUUGUCUGCGGUCGCGAAGAAAAUGACGAAUAUCAAAGAUCAAAUAUUGCCAACUCAGGAUUGGGUAUACGAGGUGUAGAUCUCGGCGAUCAAAGUCCGGAGACGCAGAAGGGCAAUGUUAGCAUCAAGAUGAAUGAGACUACGGAUGGAAAUGAGAGCAUUCUUAGGCUUCUAACGCAUAUCUGUAGAGUUUUAGGCGUGGAUUUCGAGGCAGUCAAACUAGUCAAACUGGAUAAGAGUGGCUCUGCCGUAGCUGAGGACGACGACUCUGACUCUGCGAACCCUAUCCUAGAAAUGUUUGGUUGGUCCGAAUUACAAAUUGGCGUUAUUCGUGAGCUAUAUAAUGUGAUUGCAGACCUUCUAGACUAUUUGGCCGUCGCUCGGAUUGCUCUCUCUUCACUGAAGACGAUGCAUCCAGUAUUGUCAAUCGGUGACCAAUAUCAUCUUUACCAGACAGCUACCAGAGCCCUUGCUACUGCGAGACGGCGAGGUAGCUCAGAAACUGUGGAAUACUGGGCUGGGCGCCCUGUAAUAAGCAUCUCCGUGUCUCCCUUGCCUCUUUCCAGACGGCCAAUAGAAUCGCCCGUCUCUGCACUGGCGCCAAAACAACCUGCAAUUGACCGCAUUCUUGCCGGGGCUACAGAUCCAUUUCUAUACAACCCAAGAAGAAUGACAUCAGCCAUGGGUAAAAGCAUGAUUGUUCAAAAUGAAGUCAUCGAGGUGACCGUCACCUUGCAAAACCCCUUUAUUUUCGAAAUCGAGCUGCAGAGCUUGUCACUAAGUACAAGAGGUGUACCAUUCGAAUCCCACUCUGUUACAGGAAUCAUCAUCCCUUCCAAUUCUUACCACCAUGUUACGAUAACGGGUACUGCAUUAGAAGCAGGUGCUCUCAUUGUCCGAGGAUGCAUUGUGCAAGCCCCUGAUGGAGCUCCUCGCGAAUUUUUAUUGCCAUUGUACUCGAGCGAAGAGGAGGAUAAAAUGGCACGCCAGAGCAGCGCUUUGAAGGGUGAUCUGGAUCGCGUCAAAUACUCUGGGCUUGAAUCUCGGCCAUGGGAGAAGGAAGCAAAGCGACUCAGUGUCACUACUGCACCGUCGAAACGGACAGUGCGAUUUUUAGAGUGUAAAGUUGUUCCAGAACAACCUCAACUUCGUAUAAGGUGGACUUCUCUGACACAUGGAGCUGUAAUGUUGUACAACGGCGAAAGGUCUACUAUCCGUCUCACCCUCGAAAACGUAUCAUCCUUGCCUAUUGACUUCCUGAGGUUGUCAUUUGAAGACUCCACGAUUGCUCUAGCUCAAGAUGCUUUAUCUGAAGGGGAAAUGUCUGUGUUUGAAACGUACGAGACAGAGUACGAGCUCAUUCACAGACAAGCAUUUUCUGCGAAUAGCAACAAGGAUAUAAGUACAAUCAAACCAGGUCAAAAGGUCGUCCUUACUGUUACUUGCCUAGGGAAAGUCGGCUGCACGAGCGGUGCCAUCCAUAUCUCAUAUUCAUAUGUGAAUCGCCCACAAUACGACCUUCAAACUCCUGGUGGAGUCAUCCACACCCGCCUACUGACAUACCCAGUUACCGUGACUGUGUAUCAUAUGCUCGAAUGUCAUGACAUGAACAUCUUGCCUUUUGAUAACACCUCAGCUUCAACACCGCGAGAAGAUGAACAGGAUGACUCGAUACAAAGUUGCAAGUCACUUACAGAAGUACCGGACAAAGAUGAUUGGUGCCUGCUUUCCGUCGAUGUGCGCAAUACGUACGGUUUACCGUUUGAAGUGACUUUCGAGCGGGUUCAGGGUGAUGUACCACGUGCAUCAGUCUCCUCAAUAGUUCCUCCAGGCUCUAUGACACGAAUUAUGAUCCCUAUCAAGAAAUUUAAGCUACCAGAAGCUGAAUCAUCAGCAGCUAUACCUACACUAUCCGAACGCCAGUUUGUCGUUGCGAAAACCAACUUGACUUCAGAAGAAGAGAGAACUCAACGUGAAAUGUUUUGGUAUCGUGAGGAGCUCCUAAAAGUUGUUCGUGGAAGAUGGAAGGAAGCAAAUGGGACACGUUCCGGCGAACUAUCCUUACGACGACAACGCAUGACUUUAACUAUGUUGAAGACGUUACGAACGGAAACUGCACGAGUCAAUUUAUCCUUGGUUCAGUAUGAAACUGACGACCUAUUGCCACGCAAAAUUGAAUGCAAAGGAGGUGCUUACCUACCCAAGCCAGAUGAAGUUAUCUAUCUUCGAAUUGAAGUAUCAAAUUUAGCAUCUACCUCAUUCACCAUCACCAUCAAUCUCCACAUGGAUCCUCACGAGCACAUCCUUUUUGAAGGCGUUCUCUGUGACAUUCUCCUGGGAAAGAUAGAAAGUGGAGAAUGCAAGACGAUGGAAAUGCCCAUAUGCUUCCUGUGCCAUGGCCGCUUUGAAAUAUGUGCAGAGGCACGUAUAUUAAGCGUAGCAGAUGCGAGUGGUAGAGCUGGCGCUGGUCGCAUUCGGGCUGUGGUCUCAGAGUCACCAUGAGUGGCGUGCCAGAGACAAUCUCACGAAUCCUUCCCUUUUCAUUAAUGCAUAAUGCCUUUGCGGAAUCACUGGUCUUGUUUAGAAUUUACUGAUCGAUGUUAUCAUUCAAGUAAAGGAUAUCCUCGCAGUAUACACAAAUACCACUAUACUGUAUCCACAAGUAGUUUACACAUCCACAUAACGUAGUUCAAUCGAAAUCCGAUUCAUCUUGUGUAAAGGCUGCAGUAUAAGCCAGGAUAGUGCCAUAUACCAAUCUACCAGACGAACAUAUGAUCAAUAAGUCAUUUCAAGGGGACCACAUGAGGGAACGUACGCUCCACCGACAAUAGACAUGGUGCAUGCAGCCGGCCGUAUGACUUCAGAGUGUGUCAGAACGAUAGGAAGAGCAAAGCCGGUGACAACGACGGUGGAUGUGAUAAAGCGGCCAAGGUCGACUGCGCUUGACCCUUCAUACGACGACGAGAAGUCGUCUCCACCGCAGUGAGCAAACAGCGCAUU